CCAGGAAGCAGGAAGAAAAGUCCAGCCCAUUAAUGCCCACAAACUGUUGAUGGCCCACAUUAACUGGGUUACUUGAGACCAUAAGGCCUUAGCCCAUUUCAGAUUUAUUCUCCUUUUGAUCUUUUCAACCUUCCCCUUCCAUUUCACCAUUUGUCGCCCCACUUUCUCGAUACGGCGGCGACGGCGACGGCGACGGCGACAGCACUCAGCCAGUCAGCCUAUACGGCUGGACUCAAACUGUAACGCAGAAGUCAAUCCUUUGUUCAAUUCGCUCCCGGAUCAGACUCCGAAAUUCGAUUAGGUAUGGUGAUCCUCUAGUAGGCAAGUAACUGAUUGCAGAGUUAUGGAGCCCUGAGUCGUCGAUAGGACGAACUUUAAAGUAGGAUGCUUCGCGCCAGGCACGCCCUAGCACGAUUGAAGCACCGUCGGCUGUGCAUCACCACCGCUAAGCCCAAUCACAACAACAAGAAGAGCUACGACAGCGGCGGCAACAAUGGCGGUGAUAAUCACAAGCAACCAUCGAGUAUUACCAGAUACAAUGAAACAUAUAGCCAGCUGGGCAAGCUCGACUUCAUGACCGCCGCCAAGAUCCUUUUCGCAGAGACCCCCAAGCAAAAGAAGUUCGGGCUUGAUUUUCACCUGGUACAACUGUUCUUUGUCUGCUUGCCAUCAUUGGCUGUGUACUUGGUAGCCAUGUAUGCUCGUCGUGAAAUGGAGCGAGUGGAAACGGAAUUCCAGCAGAAGAAGAAGAAAGAAGAAGAGACGAGAGCAGAAGAGGAGGAGCAGAAAGCCCUUGAAGUAGAAGCCAAGUCAAAUGCUGCUAUAUCAGAGGUGAAAGAGAGGCUGGAUAAACUAGAAGUGGCCCUGAAUGAAAUUGUGGUUGAUAAGAAGAAAGAUAGUUCCAGUGGCAGCAGCAGUAGUAGUACGAAUGUAGCGAAACGCCUCUCGCCAAUUGACCCGAGCCAGGAACGGUUUGGGAGUGCGAACAAGUCAUGAAAAGGAAAAGAGACGUCUGAAAUGAAGGUUUACCCAGAGACGACUGAGAUAGGGAUAGAGUCAGUCAAUCCUUUGAAAUGGAGGCUGAGAUGGUAGGGCGAUGGCGUAUGGGCCUUCUUGUUGAAUUGACUUCCACUGAUCAUUGAACAAAGGGAGCACGGUGAUGCCGAUGCGAGCUGACAAUGGCACUGUUUUGUUUAUGAACCAUCAUCUGAUCUUCGCUCGCAAAAUUUGUUCUCACUAAACUCUACCGUAAAUCAUACAAAUACCUCAAGCUUGGCUUAAGCUGUGGUAUUCGUAUUUAAUUAAUUCAGUUAUGAUGUGAUGCUAAUUGCAAAUGUUGUUUUCUUUAGACAAUAACCAUUUGGUCUAUGGAUACCAUCCCAUGUGAUGUGAGUGGAUUUGGUGGGUGGCCCGUAGCCGCAGUGCCUGCCAAAGUGCCAAUCAAAGAGAAGCGAAAAUUUUAUAAGUAAGACCGCUAGUAUCGUUAUUUGACUUAUUUCGGAUAAUACCGAAUCUGUCAUAUUUUGUAUAUACGUAUCAAGUGUUAUACGGUGUUUUGGGAUUGUAGGAUUGAGAUCGAUAUGUAACGAAAUAUCAAUCAGUACUGAAAUAUAAACUAGUGUUUACU